AUGGCAGCGCAGGUCGACCUCAAAGGCAAGGUAGCCUUUGUGGCUGGUGUUGCCGAUUCCACUGGUUACGGCUGGGCGAUCGCCAAAGCUUUGGCCGAAGCAGGAGCCACAAUCAUUGUCGGAACGUGGCCUCCGGUACUCAAGAUCUUCCAAAUGGGUUUGAAAAAGGGACAGUUCAACGAGGACUCCACACUCGCGGAUGGUUCCCUAAUGACGAUCGAAAAGGUGUAUCCCCUCGAUGCCGUCUUUGAUGCCCCAGACGACGUCCCGGAUGAGAUUAAGGAAAAUAAGCGUUACGCUGGAUUGGACGGAUACACCAUUUCCGAAGUAGCCAAAGCCGUCGAAGCCGAUUACGGAAAAAUCGAUAUCCUCGUUCAUUCCCUCGCCAACGGUCCCGAAGUCACCAAGCCCCUCCUCGAAACGACUCGCAAAGGAUACCUCGCUGCUUCUUCCGCCUCCGCAUACUCGGCAGUCUCGCUCCUGCAAAAAUUCGGCCCCAUCAUGAACGAAGGCGGCGCCAUGCUUUCGUUGACGUACAUUGCCUCCGAAAAGGUCAUUCCCGGUUACGGCGGUGGCAUGUCCUCCGCCAAGGCUCAGCUGGAAAGCGACACCCGCACCCUCGCCUACGAAGCCGGUCGCAAGUGGGGUAUUCGCGUCAACACCAUUUCCGCCGGUCCUCUCAAAUCCCGGGCGGCCUCCGCAAUUGGCAAAGAGCCCGGUCAGAAAACCUUUAUCGAAUACGCCAUUGAUUAUUCCAAGGCCAACGCGCCGCUCGAACAGGAUUUGUACAGCGACGAUGUCGGUAACGCCAGUCUCUUUUUGACCAGCCCCAUGGCCCGAACCGUUACCGGUGUUACCCUGUACGUGGACAAUGGCCUGCAUUCUAUGGGUAUGGCCUUGGAUAGCAAAGCGAUGGAAGGCUCGCGCGAGUAA